UAUUCUAUGAGCAGAAUAUUGAGGUUGAUUUCGAAAGGAUUCAACAAGUAAGUAAAUGGUGUUUGGUUUAUAUUUCAGAGAGCGAAAAAAUUGCAGAUUUUCGAUUGCGCGGCGGUGGCGAUGAUGACGCGGGUGAGGUGACGAGAGGGAAGGUACGUAUAAGGUUCGCACUCGCCCGGUUGUGAAAGAUCCAAGUACUCGAAUUAAACUCCGGGUACAAUGUAGGAGGAAAUCAUCAAUCUAGAUAUGGAAAUAAUUUAAUAUUAAAUCAUACGAGCGUAAUUGCAGCUUAAUUUUACGACAUACGUUGAACCAGCCGAGUUUCAACACACCAUAGUUUAUUUAUUCAAUAGCAAAUAGAUUCAUUUAGGAAAUGCUCUCACGGGAGCGACUCAUAUUUAUUCAUGACUCCCGCUGUCCCCCUUCGUUCAUUAGAUACGGAGCCAGUCGGACAAAUGUGGAAGGUCAAAGAUCGAAUGGCCCGCGCAAGUUAAACAAAAAUACGACGUUGGCCAAAUAGGUCAUCAAAUUGUUGGUGAGUUAUUUGCAUUUCAAGAAUAAGCUUUCGCAUUGAGGAAGUGCGGUGAUAGCGAUUUUCACCGAGAGUUAUAAAUUUCAUCGUCAAAAAUAAAAUGGAAUUUUACAGAGACGGAACUAAAGCUCCCUCCAUCGAGCAAAAAGGCGCAACCUAAGCCAACGGUACGGAAUAACCACUAUUUUGAUAUACUUGUUGCGCGAUUCGUAAAACAGAUCGGUAUGAAAACUAAACGUUUAGACGAAACCUACUGUGAAUGGAUCACUGAUAAGACUUACUUUCAAAUCCACAUUUUUUGUGUACAUAUGAGUUCUCAGCACCCCUCACUCCACUCUGUCUUUCCCUUAAUUAUUUAUCCAAUGUUUUCAUCUAUGGAAAACCGCAAUUCAUUUGAAUUAACUAAUGAUCUCGUUCAGCCACCAGAAGUUGGGAUCAGCAAUAUAAGGAGACCGAAGCACGAUCCAACCCUGCCCCGAAAGCCAAUAGUUCCUAAGGAUAAUAUCGGAUUCUCCGGUUGCCAUUUGCAAAAACCCUCAAAUCAACCAAUUGGGUCGAGAGCACCCUCUGCUACUUACAAUAUGAAAAAGGUGUCAAGAGCCUCCGAUGAGGGAAAGGGGUCGUCGCAAAUGUCGCUGACACAUUCGUCGUUUUGGGGAAAUUCUACGCGAAACAAGUCUCUCAAAGCUGCAAAAGUUCCAGGUGUUGCGAAGGGGGCAGAGAAUGCUGAUGAACGAUGAUGUCGAGAUUCAAACUCAAAUUGAUUAUAGUAUAUCCCGUAGCCGUGUUUUACGUGGCGACAUAAAGUAAACUAAAUCAUGUCGAAGCGAAUACGAUGAUGCUGUAUUUUCAAGAAAUUCAGACACACCCAAGUAUCCAAAUUAAAAAAAAUCUAUACUUUUUGUAUUCCUAAUUUUUGUACGAACUUAGAAAAACUGCAUGUAUCAAUAUGAAAAUAAAACGUUAUAUCCGCAAGACGGUAAAAAUAUACCCACGUAUGACGCUUUAAUAUUUUACACAAUCAAAAUUUUAAAUCGCUGUUAUCUGAAGCAAAAAUGCUUCUGAAUGAGUAAAAUCGAGAAAUAAAUAAAGGAUUGUCGGUGUCAACUGAAUUUUCAGACAAAAUUUCAACGAUUUAUGCCCUUCAAAAAAAUUCUGGAAGCGCUGAAAUCGAAGGCCAU